AUGGCCACUGCUACGGCAGCGACACCGACAGAAAAUGCAUCGCCUGCCACUAAGCGGAAGGAGGAAGCCAAACCGCAGACCGUGCUGAAGCCAGAAAACUACAUCACAGUCAAUGAGUGGUCUGUGCUGCAAAAGGGACCAGGAUCGGCGAGGCUGGAAACCCUUCUCAGAAGAUAUCUCCUGUUAGGCCUGAGCAGCUUGACGGAACAGACUGUUAAGCGAGGGCUUGCCAUGCUGUUGGCUCUGGCAGCUCCAGAGCUGGCUCAAAUGCCAACGUACGAGGAAAUCUAUGAAGAAGUGCAGAUCUUUAAGCGAAGUUGGGAAUCGCUUAAUGCUGAGGCCGACGACCCGCCCAUGGGCAAAGACGUGAAGGCUGGGAUAUGGCUUUUCCACAUCCCGAUGCGAUCUGCUUCCAAGCUCUUGCAGAAAAACCGGACGGGAAGGCUGCCGAGGCCAGAUGGCAAGGCUGUGCAGCAGCAGCAGAAUGCAGACGAGUUUCAGAGCCGCAUGGACGAGGCCUUCGGGCGACUGGAAAGAUUGCUGGACCAGGGCUACGGUCAGAAUGCCCUCCAGGAUGGGGAUCGAAGGCAGCUGCAGCUUGCUGCAGGCUCCAGAAGCGAGAUGAGCAGCAGUGCCGGGGUCAGCUUUGCUCUGGGCAACCCAGCCCAGGCGGUUUCUGCUGCCAAGCAAGCACAUGAAGGACAGCAGGCAGAGCAGACCUCGCCACGGCGACCCUCUGCCUUGCAGCUAGCCCUGCCUGCAGCCGAAGCCGAAGCUGCCGAGGAGUCGGCCCCUGGUGAGAACGAUCUCGACGACGAAGCUCUGUUCCAGAAGCUGAAGGAUCGCAAAGCUGGGGUUCUGAAGAAGCCGGCUGCUGCAUCUGCAAUGAGUGGCAAAGGAAACCUGCCCAAGGACAAGAGUGCAGCUGCUCAGAAAAAGACGGAUGGCCAAGGUCAAGCGAAUAAGAACAAGAAGGGCAAAGGCAAAGGCAAAGGAAAGUUGUCCAAGGACAAGAGUGCUUCGCACAAAGAAGAGAAGCAGGAAGCCCGAGGCUCGCAUGGAAAGCGAAACUUCCCCCUUGUUUGGGAGGACGGCCUUAUCCACAAGAACUAUGCUUCUCGCAUGUACAAGCGAGCCGGAACGUGGGCAAAGCACCAAGGAUUCUCGGAGCAGCAAGUGGGAGACUGCCAGCGAGAGGCCCAUAGAGAGGCCAUUAUUCUGUGGAAGAAGAAGAACGGCUGCUGA